AUGGUUGAGCGUGACUGUUCUGAUGUUCCUGCAGAUGAUGAAGAGCCUAAACCUUCAAACCCGGUCAACAGUAGUAAGGCCAGAGCUGGAGGAUCCAGAAUAUCUUGUGACCAAAGCUCAGUCAGUCAGGAGAUGAGGCACGGUGUCAAAAGAAAAGGAAAGACUUCUGGCAGCGGCACCAACACCAUCCCCAGCAGCACCAGCACCACCUCCAUCCCCAGCAUCAGCGGCACCAACACCAUCCCCAGCAUCAGCGGCACCAACACCAUCCCCAGCAUCAGUGGCACCAACACCAUCCCCAGCAUCAGCGGCACCAACACCAUCCCCAGCAUCAGUGGCACCAACACCAUCCCCAGCAGCACCAGCACCAACACCAUCCCCAGCAUCAGUGGCACCACCUCCAUCCCCAGCAUCAGUGGCACCAACACCAUCCCCAGCAUCAGCGGCACCAACACCAUCCCCAGCAUCAGUGGCACCAACACCAUCCCCAGCAGCACCAGCACCACCUCCAUCCCCAGCAUCAGCGACACCAACACCAUCCCCAGCAUCAGUGGCACCAACACCAUCCCCAGCAUCAGCGGCACCAACACCAUCCCCAGCAUCAGUGGCACCAACACCAUCCCCAGCAGCACCAGCACCACCUCCAUCCCCAGCAUCAGCGGCACCAACACCAUCCCCAGCAUCAGUGGCACCAACACCAUCCCCAGCAGCACCAGCACCACCUCCAUCCCCAGCAUCAGCGGCACCAACACCAUCCCCAGCAUCAGUGGCACCAACACCAUCCCCAGCAUCAGCGGCACCAACACCAUCCCCAGCAUCAGUGGCACCAACACCAUCCCCAGCAUCAGUGGCACCAACACCAUCCCCAGCAUCAGUGGCACCACCUCCAUCCCCAGCAUCAGUGGCACCAACACCAUCCCCAGCAUCAGCGGCACCAACACCAUCCCCAGCAUCAGUGGCACCAACACCAUCCCCAGCAGCACCAGCACCACCUCCAUCCCCAGCAUCAGCGGCACCAACACCAUCCCAGCAUCAGUGGCACCAACACCAUCCCCAGCAUCAGCGGCACCAACACCAUCCCCAGCAUCAGUGGCACCAACACCAUCCCCAGCAGCACCAGCACCACCUCCAUCCCCAGCAUCAGCGGCACCAACACCAUCCCCAGCAUCAGUGGCACCAACACCAUCCCCAGCAGCACCAGCACCACCUCCAUCCCCAGCAUCAGCGGCACCAACACCAUCCCCAGCAGCACCAGCAUCACCUCCAGCAUCGUCAACAAAAAGA